CAGGCAGGAUGUUUCUGCUCGUUUCACCGAGAAGAAGAGACGGAGAAUCAGCAGUGAGCAUAGAGUCCCAAUGUCUUCAGGAGGAGUUGGUUCUGUCACCAGGUUCGACCGUGUACGGGAGAUCCCACACUAUGACCAGGUCCCUGUGGGCUCCCAAUGGCGUGACCCAGAAUUUCCUCCACCCCCACCACUCUCACAUGGGACAAUGCCGACGGUCAGCUUAGACCCCCUCCCACCUCCUCCUCUUCCUGAACAGCCUGCUGUUGGGCCUGAAUUCUUCAACCCCUCCAGCGAUGAUGAGCCAAUGGAGGGUGACUGUGAUGCCAUGGACAUUAAGCCAGUCCACCGCUUCAUCCCUGACUCUGUCAAGAACUUCUUCCGUGGCAGCAGCGGUAACCGUGGCAGCAAGGGAUGGUCCGUCCCUCCUCCUCCCCUACCUCUCCCUUCUCCUCACUCCCCAGCCUCCUCAACCAGGAAGAGCGCCAACUGCCACACCUCGGCAGGAAUCCCCUGCUCACCUCCCCACUCUGCCCCUCCAUCCCCAUCCCUUCCCGGCUCUUAUCGGGGCCUCCAUGGCAGCUCUGGAGGGGGCUACACCUCUCAGAGAGAGCAGGACCAACUGCUGCUAGGUGCCGAAGCUCUUGAAUCUGCAUCUGCAGUGCCCACCAAUGUCUCGAUUCAGACCUACCAGGAGCGGGUAGAAGAGUACCACCAGCGAUAUGCCUACAUGAAGUCCUGGGCAGGCCUGCUUAGGAUCCUGGGUUGUGUGCAGCUGCUGCUUGGAGCUGCUGUGUUCGCCUGCGUCUGUGCAUAUGUUCAUAAGGACAACGAGUGGUUCAAUAUGUAUGGAUACUCACAACCACAACUGUUUGGAGGGCUUGGUGGAGGUGCUGGUGCAUUUGGAUAUGGGGACAGUUACUACACAGGCCCCAAGACACCUUUUGUCCUGGUGGUGGCUGGUCUUGCAUGGAUAGUUACUGUUAUUCUGGUUGUUCUCGGAAUGACUCUAUACUAUAGAGCUAUUCUUCUAGACUCCUCGUGGUGGCCCCUCACAGAGUGUUCCAUUAAUCUGGUGUUGGCUGUGCUCUAUUUAGCAGCAGGAAUAGUGUACGUGAGGGACACAACUCGAGGAGGCCUAUGCAACAUACCUGUCUUCAAUAAUGGAGUAAAUGGUGCAUUUUGUCGCACUGAGGCUGGCCAGACAGCAGCUAUCGUCUUCCUCUUCAUCACCAUGGUGCUCUACUUUAUUAGUGCAGCAGUGUGUCUGAAGCUGUGGAGGCAUGAAGCAGCCAGAAUGAGGAAGGAGGGCCUGGCACUGGAGAUGAAAACCAUUGGAUCAUCAGUCCCAUUGUCUGUACUGGGCUCAGCCUCCAGGGCCUCAGAGCAGACUCCUCUCCCUACCAUCCAGCCAGACAUCAUGGACACUAUGCACAAUCCGGCAGCUGCUCCGCUGAUGCUGCUGGAACCAGAGAUACUUCGAGGUCACAUACCAGCCGGACACAUCCCCAAACCUGUUGUUAUCGCUGACUAUGUGCCGAAGUACCCCAGCAUUCGCUCAGACGAGGAGAGGGACCAGUACAAGGCUGUGUUCAAUGACCAGUAUGCUGAGUACAAGGAGCUGCAUGCAGAGGUCCAGGCCAUGGCCAAGAAGUUUGAAGAGAUGGAUGAGAUGAUGCAGAACCUUCCUACCCGGCCCUCCAGCCAACUGGAGAAAGAGCGGAUCAGUACUAUUUUAAUGGAAUACCAGAGGAAGAAAUCUGACCCAGCAUAUUUGGAAAAAAGGGAGAGGUGUGAGUACCUAAAAAAUAAGCUCUCUCACAUCAAACUGAAGAUUCAGGAGUACAACAAAAUCAUGGACUAGAAUGCUAGCAACUAAAUAUUGCAGUCAACAUAUCUUUGAUCCAUGCUGCAGUCCGCAACUGAGAAUACAUGCUUUGUUGCACAAAGGACGAUAGUGGGACUGAGGUGGGACUUGAACACAAAUAUGUCUCUUCCAGGUGAAACAGCACUCAAUAUUGGCAAACCCAGAAUGACUUAUCAUAAAUGUGCCAUAAUCACAAAACAGACAGAAAUUACUGCCUGUGCUAAUGCCACGAUGACAGACAGAAAGUCAUUGUCUAAGGUAGGAACAUUAUCAGUGAUGAUUGUCGUCAUGGAGAACAGUAACAGGCAAAGAAAAAGUAAGCUUCAUCAAAAAAUGGAAUGGAGGGUGCCGCUA